AUGGGUCACAUGAGCUACAACAGAGUUAGCAGUGGCAAGGUAUCAAGGUGCAGAGGAUUUAGAUUGAACCCCAGAAAGCUUUAUGUUCUCAGGCUACGUAAGAGGUUCAAUUUCUUUCUUAAGCUCUUUGAUAGUUGGAAACUGUCGUAUGGUGAGGCUAUUCAACUGCUGAAGAAACUGGUUUGCAGAAAAGGUGGCUUCAAAAGAAACAACAGCAACAACAGUAACACAUGUUUGGUGAGGCAGGAAAAAAUCAAGGGACAAGAUGAUUGUAGGAUGAGAUCUUGUGGUAAGUCCAAUUCUUUCUAUGCAGAAGCCAUUGCAGAUUGCUUGGAGUUCAUUAAACGAACAUCUAUUUCAUCCAUGGACCAAAGUCAAGACCCAAUUAACCAUAUUCAAGAUAGAAAGUAG